ACAGGUACACCCAGGUAAAUCCAGGUAAGAACGACACGAGACACGCAUCUCUUCUACUGUGAUUCAAUUUUGUUAACGGAUCCUACACUCCAUAGUUACGAGGACGCGCUCCCCUAGUGACAAGAUGGUGUAAAGAUGGCCUCUCUCAUCUGAACUUCAACUUGGCUCUCCUGACGAGGGCUGACGUGGAUAACAAUGUAAUAUCCCGGAGAGUCGUCUACAGAAACUCACUUGCUGAUGAUUGUAUAAGGUGUUUUAAUCAUAGUGGCUUGUUUCCUAAAAACCUCCGCUGACGUUUGACAGGAAUCUCAACGGAAGUUGUGUGAUGACAGUAUUUUAUUGCCUGAGUGAAGUGUUUUAAUUUACUUGUUUUUAUUGGUUUAUUUCAACAAAAGGCGCUUUGAAAGUUUCAGAAAGGAAAUAAUUCGUUUUCAGCUAAAAAGGAGUUAUAUGUCCAAAACUUUAAAACCGGAAGCCAUUCGUUGAAUAUUGUUAACCGGAAGAUAUACGUUGAAUUUAUUCUGUCAACCGGAAGUUCUCCAAUGUUGACAAUUGUCAUCAAUUAAGCUAGUUUGAUCAUUUAAUGGAUGUAUAGUGGUGUCAAUUUGACGGGUAUGUGCCGUGUCCUGGGUAAACAGUCCGGGUAAAUAACAACUCCGGCCUAAGACGACACUUUUUAUAUAGAUUUAAUAUCGGCCUCUUAGCACGUCUUGAGGAGCCAACAUAAAUUCUUACCCAAACACUCGAGAGGCGUGUAGCGUCCACGUACCAUAGGUAUAAAGUCAAACACGCCGGUAUAUUGAUCCAAACGUACUGGACAGUCACUGUUUGAAACAACGUUGUUUUGAUCAAUACUUUUUUCUUAGAUUUGGAGCACCGUAUAUAUGUAUACUUCAACUUUACCAAGAUUGUUUUAAUUACGUGAACCAGGUAAAUUUUCGUGAUGUCUUCGCCGAGGUCAGGAAGGUCCAAUACAAACCAUCUACACAGCGUACCGACCGCCAAGUCGGUGUACAUGUGUAAAAAUGGCGAUCUAUUUACACCACCAAAACGCAUCAUCAUCAACACUUCGUCAAUGAACACAUUGCUUGACGAAGUAACAAAGAAGAUUAAAGCAAACGAAUGUAUGCGUGACGUCUAUACUCCGAAGGGCAAGACGCACAUCAAGAAUGUGUCGGAGCUCGAGAACGGCCAGUAUUAUGUGGUGAAGCCGGGAAGAGGCCGUUUCAAGGAAUAUAAUUAUCAAUCAAUUUCGCCAUACAAAACACCUCGUAAAGGGCAGAGACAGAGUAGAAAUAAUUCCAGUAUUUUCAGUAGAUGGUUUAAAGAAGAUAACUUCGCCCAUCACUUAAAGAAUAGCCGAUAUGACGAUAUUAAACCUCGAUUCCAUGAAACAGGAGACCCAGGAAUCCGAAUACAUGUACACAAAAACAACCAGCCACAAGACAAAUCAGUGUUGGUCCUUCUGAAACCAAGGCGCCUUGAGCACAUGAAGUAUAUUAUAGAGGAUAUCACCAAAGAACUCCGUGAGGACAGCAAGUACCCAGUGAAAUAUGUCUACAAUCUGAACGGGGACAUGAUAACAAAACCAUCGGACUUCCAGCCAGAGGAAUUCUACGUAGCUGUCCCACCCCAACAAGUAUUCAAACACUGCCCCUACAGUUGUCGGCGUUAUGACCUUCCCAACUUCAUAACCAAUCCCUAUUAUGGGACGGGGUUGCCACCUAGUGCUUACCUAUGGCAAGACCCCUUCAGCAGCUCUAGGCCCACCACCUGGACAAGUAAAUACAACCCAGUGCCACCUAUCAGCAAGCCCUCCCCUAACCAGUCGGUGGCCAGUCACCCCGAGACCAACCUCAGACGCCGAAAAAUACAAAAUGCGCAUGAAGAUGUGCACCAGAAAGCAGUGAAACAUAAGCGUACACCGGAGAGGAGAGUUCGCCAGGUCGACUACGAUCAAGAUGACUCUGAUGUUUUCCGAGCCAAGAACCAGAACAAGUCAACCAGGGGUGCGAAGGAGGUCAAGGAAACCCGGGACACCAAAACUGACCUUCCUAUUGACCAGGUCAAGGCUGAGGAAGUUGAGGAAGAGCUACUUCCACCUGCUCAUCAUCACCUGGCUCCUUUAGAGAUAAACCGUGGCCCUUCUGAUGAAGAUCACGAAUAUACCAAGGAAGAUAUCCAUGGCUAUGAUCAGGAUGAGAGAAGAUCACCAAGAGGACAACCAUACACCAAGGAGAAGUCCAACCGUGACAUGAAUCGCUACAAAGUUCUGGAUCCAAUCAAGACAGAACAGCGCUCAUCCACACCAGUAGAUGAUGACGACGAUGAUGAUGAUGAUAAGAGAAGGAAAGAGGAGGAGGAGGCUGCCACUAAGAUCCAGGCAAGCUUCCGAGGUCACCAGACUCGACAGGAACUAUCUCAGAAGAAAAAGGAGGAUACCAACCAGACCAAACAGGACACCAACCAGAACAAACAGGACACCAACCAGAACAAACGGGACACCAACCAGAGAGAAGACACCCACGACUCAUUCACCUCGAAAGAGGAAAAUGAAGCUGCAGCAAAAAUCCAGGCUGGUUUCCGUGGUUACCAGACUCGUCAGGAAUUAAAAGCCAAAGGUCAUAAGGUACGUCCUGCACUUGCAUCCCAAGGUGACACAGGUGAUACUUCAAAGGUUACGAAGGAGCAGGAGGACGAGGCUGCAACCAAAAUCCAGGCGAGUUUCCGUGGAUACCAGGCUCGCAAGGACAUCAAAAAGCUACAGGACGAGAAAAAGAAAAAUGAAGCUGCAACCUUGAUCCAGGCAAACUUCAAAGGUUACAAGGUCAGAAAGGAGAUGAAAGAGAAAAAAGGUGGAGAGGAUGAGCCAAAACCUAAAACAAGCAGCAACCAAAAACAGGAAAAAGAGACGAUGAGUGAGGAUGAGGCUGCGACCAAGAUUCAGGCAAGCUUCAGGGGCUACCAAUCACGUCAAAAACUCAAGGAGCAGGGAAAAGGAAUAGGCCAGGGUAAUGGAGAUAGCAAGACUGUCAUCUCCACCCCGCCCCACUCCUCAGAGGCCCCAGGGACUAAAAGGCUCGCGUAGUACAGACUGACCGACUGACCAGUUCUCACUUUUGGCCAGUUGUUCCACGACUGACCACAAAUUCCUCUCAUCGAGUUAAUGUUUGACUGACCUCAAUAACAGAAUUCAUUACGCUGUAACCAUGUUUACGUUGACAUUUAACCAAGUCCUAUCCAUUCUAACAACCGUUUCCUUGGUUACCCAACAUCCCAUUCCACUUUAAUAACUGUGUGAGUUGCUGUGGAAACCAAACCUUUUUUUUUCAUUGACCUAUUACCCUGGUUUAAUUCCUGAACCGUGAACAUGUGUGGCACCCCGACACAUAACCUACGAUUAACUAUAGUUCAUACCAGGUUAAUGGCCAUACUAUUGAAUUAAAGAUUAUUUGAAAAAUUAAAAUCAAGCCACCCUUGAGUCCCUUCCAUGGCCGCUAGCCUGUCUGUUUGAUUUGCUGUGAUCAUUGUGUGUGAUUAGAGAUAAUUUUUUUGUUUCCAUAGUGACCGGAUGAUGUUGUGAUCACUUGAUUGUCUUCAUGCUGUGAAGUCAUCAUAACCAUGGCAACUUACAAAGGGGGACAACUCCAGCUGCUACAACACGACAAUAUUCCAGUGUAUUUCUUCUGCGCCUUUAAUACUGUGUUAAUUCUCUAGUUCAGGAAAUACAUUCUCAGCUUCAAGGAUUUAAAUGUGACAUUUGCUUAGAGAUGCUUCUUGAAUUCAGAUCACUUGAGCAAUUGGGGUCAAAGGUCAACAAAGUAGAGAAUCUUUGAUAAAUUAUAGAGUGAUAAUCAAAGAAGUGUGGACGAUACCAGUUUAACAACAGUCCUCUAAAGAGAACUUUUUGAUGGCCCACCUUUUUCGAGAAAUUUUUGUGAGGAUCAGAAAGUAACCAUAGCAACAACUGUGUUGGACAGGUUUAGGUUUCCUGAAGUAGAGAAUGUUCCGGACUGCUAACCCUAGCUGACUAACAUUGUGUUUUUCUCUACACCAUAACCCUGUGUACAUUCCUUGAUAGUCCGUCCAUUUGGAUCCACGAUCCAUAGAGCUUUAUCUCGUCGUGUGUUUAUUUUUUUAUUAUGAUUUAUACUGUAAAACUGUGAUGACCUAUUUUAAUCAUGUAUAUAUAGACAUUGUAAUUUAAUUUGCUUGAUAUCAUGUCUUUUGAAAUUGUGAAAAGCAAUUUGAUUAGAUAAACAGUAUAAUGAUUUUUUUAAAGGGCAGUGUUUCAUCGAUGUGACAGAAGUGUAAACAUUCAAUUGGACAUGUUUAUCUGGCUGGUAGAUGUCUGAAUCCAAUUGGACAUGUUUAUCUGGCUGGUAGAUGUCUGAAUCCAAUUGCUUUACACAACACUUUGAAUGGAACUCAUGGUGUAUCUUGACUUUUUGCAAUAUAUGUUACUUUCAUAAUUGUUUAUUCAAUAUAUAUAGAUUAUGUAUAUGAUGUGAUAUUGUCAUAAAUUAUUUCCCAUGUACAUGUAUUUCUUUGAUAAAAAAAAAAAGAAAGAAAAAAAAAAGACUGCAUUGAUUACUUUCAUAGCGUUAGUCAUCUGCCUUACCAUCCGUUAAAACUCUGCCACGGAAGUGGAAACGUCCGACUAAUUAGUCAGUCAUCUUGGUCUUACAUAUGUUUGUUCCAAAAGUAUCCAUCAUUCCAUAUAAUCAUUGAUAAUACUGAAACAGCUUGUGUCAUUUUUGGAAUUGUUUAAUGUUAUGAUAAUAGAUUCUGGAGCUAUCAGAAAAAUAUCUAAAUAAAUUUCGUUUAAAAAUACUGUUAAAAUAUUAUGGGUGUUUCUGGUGGGACAGAGAAAUGUCCGUAGUAGUGUUAAAUUGACAAGUCUUCCCAUCACAAAAUUUACCAUGGUAACUAAUUCUGAUAACUUCAGCCAUGUUAGAGAGUUUAGAAACACUGGCUGUCUGGGGAUUGAUAAACUCCUCUUUCUAGUUACACCAGAAGACAUAUUAUCCAAUCUUGAGGUGACUAGUGUAGUUUUGCCUGAUAAAGCGUAGACAACCUCUACAUUCCUUAGGUAUGCCUCUAUGUUGUAUCCCCGUGGUAGGACCACAAAGAGGCUGCCGUCAGGUCAUUGGGGUCAUGCAUUUCUUUCGGAGCUGCAGAUCUUAAAAUGGUUUAGAUCUCGAUCAGUACAUUUAAUGUUUCAGCUAUAUUUUUGUGAACAUGUUCUCUAUUUAAGCAACUUACAAUAUUUUCGGCCCAAAUAGACAUUGAUUCACAAAUAUGGCCUCCCCUACCUCAAACUUUAACGAGAGGCUGCCAAAAAAUGUAUUUAUUCCAUUACUUCCAUUGAUAAACCUUCAUAAUAUAAAGCUCUACUGUGUGUUCCUUUAUCAGGGUCGAACUAGUUGUACCAAAUAGGUAGAGUAUCAUACAAUGGAACUCGAUUAAAUAUGUAGUGAGUUCCAGAGACGGCAGGCAUCAUUCGCUUCAAACAUAAAAAAAUUAUUAUUUUCCUUUUCUAACAUGAUGGAUGCUAAAUCAAAACCUGAAUAGUUUCGUCCGACAUUGACAUAUAUGAUUUAUAAAAUUUCUUCGCAAAUAGUGUCUCCAUCUCAUUUUUUAUCAGUACAGGAGAUUUGUACAUUUACAACUGGUACGAACCCGAUAACGGAACGCACGGCAUGAAACAUGCUGCCUAAGCGGGUGUUUAGUGUCUAACCAUCAAAGACAUUGAAUGGUACUUCACAAGCUCCAAUCGGAAGUUCUCUCGUCCCAUUUUAAGAACUCUGCAGCUGUAGUUACAGGCUCUCAAAAGGGUAUUGCCCUGUUUUUGUGGUAUAGGUUGCUCCAGCCAUCAGGCCUUGUGAUAUGUAUAUAGAUUUGUAGAAACUGUAGAAUUGAUAUUUAUAACCCGGAGUGUCUUAAUGUAAUUGUCUGUCUCCAUGCGUGACAUGCAUACAAGUUGUUUUAACGACGUCACAUUAUCAUGUAAAGAAAUGAAAAUCAUGUACUGACAUUUUGAUAUUUGCUUGUUUUGAUUGGCUGGUUGUUGAUAAACCUUGUCAUUUGAUUGGCUAUUGAAUGACCACUGGACAAUCAAGGAUUUCUCUAUAAUAUAAAACCAAGUCCCAGUGAUGUUAUUUAGCAUCACUAUAACUCCAAUCACUGUACAUAGAAUUUUCAAUUUUGAAUAUUGUCUUGGAUUCCGUCCAGUUUGAACAAGGAUUUUUUGACAAGGAUACACUGUACAACCCUUUCAUUACAAUAUGUGACAUUCCUCUAACAGCUUUUCAUUUAUAUAUUGAAAAAACUGCUUUUCUGUUGACAACAUUCAACCUAAUAAUUUGUGAAAUGUUGUUGAAAAGAUAAUUUAUUUUGUCAGUUUCGUUUACGUAGGAGGGACACUAUCUUUAAAAAAAAAUCCAGAUAGAUUGGCUAUGCUGUGUUAAUGCUGUAUAAGCUAAAAUGAAAGUAGAUGUAAGAUUAUAUAUACAACUGGUUUGUGGAACAUCUACUCACAUUAGUCCAUCUACUUUUAGCAUUGAGUAGAUUGUAAUAGUUUAGGUUAGACAACAAGUUUUGUAAAUUAAGACGUUUUUUAUAUGUAAAUUUUUAACAUUAUUUAAAUUUUAAAAGCUUUCAGUCACUUUCUACCAAACCAGGACAGAAGAAAUGUUAAUCUGUAUUUUAUACUGUUGCAAAAGAUUUUAUUUAUUUUGUUAUUUAAUUAAAAAAACAUUACAUUCUGUUAAUUUAAUUAUGAAACAAUAUUGAGUUUACUGUGGAAUUUAUAUUUUCAGAAAUACCAUAUCAUACAAAAUUAUUUGAUUUACAUUAUUUUUCAGAAAAAUUAUAUUUUAAAGCUUUUUUCCUUCAAAGAUAAAUAUAUAAAAUAUAUUAUUCCUAUCGAUACAUUCCAUGUUUUUUUUUUAAUAAGGGUUUGAACAUUUUUGUUUGUAAUAGUUUUGUUAUGUUCUUUGUAAUGCAUAAAAGUAACUGACUUGAGGAAUGUAGAUCGAUGUAGCUAUUCAAAUAUAUACGUUUAUACACAUUGUAUGGUUCUGAAAUUCUGGAAAUGAAUAAAUGAGGCGAGAUAUU